AUCCACCGUCGAACGGCGAUUUCUGAAGCAGCAGCAGCACAAGCUCCAAUGUGCUCUGGGAGCAGCGACAUACAACAUAACUGUCAUUACGGCACCUGCUUCAGUAGAGGGUCGUUUGACAUCCUCCUUCUAGAGUAGAGAGAAAGAAACGAGGAAACGGAUACAGGGUAGAGAGUGAGAUACUCCGAGAUAAGCGAGUGGAUAUAGUCAGCCUACACCACAGGAACCUAAAGACAAUUAAUCCAAUGGACAUGAUGCUGAUGUCGAUAAGACUUGCGCUUGUGGGCUUCAUCUGCCUGUCUUUAGUAUCCGCUGGCUUCGCCUGUGGUCCAGGUAGGGGAUAUGGAAAAAGAAGACAUCAGAAAAAACUGAAGCCUUUGGCUUACAAGCAGUUCAUUCCCAACGUGGCAGAGAAGACCCUUGGGGCCAGUGGCAAAUACGAAGGGAAGAUCACAAGGAACUCUGAAAGAUUUAAAGACCUGACACCAAACUACAAUCCUGACAUUAUUUUCAAAGAUGAGGAAAACACUAAUGCUGAUAGACUUAUGACACAGAGAUGUAAGGACAAACUGAACUCUUUGGCCAUUUCAGUCAUGAAUCAGUGGCCGGGAGUGAAGCUGCGCGUGACAGAAGGCUGGGACGAGGAUGGACACCAUUUCGAGGAAUCUUUACACUAUGAAGGAAGGGCUGUGGAUAUCACCACCUCUGACAGAGAUAAAAACAAGUAUGGAAUGUUAUCCAGGCUCGCAGUGGAGGCGGGAUUCGACUGGGUCAAUUAUGAAUCCAAAGCCCAUAUUCAUUGUUCUGUGAAAGCAGAAAAUUCAGUUGCUGCAAAAUCGGGUGGCUGCUUCCCAGGAUCCGCCUCAGUUCUUCUCGAGGAUGGUCGGAGCAAGCUGGUAAAGGAACUGGAGGUGGGCGACAAAGUGUUAGCUGCAGACAAAGAAGGACAUAUUGUAUCUAGCGAUUUCCUUAUGUUCAUGGACCGAGAUCCAGUAACAAGUCGAGAAUUUUAUGUUUUUGAAACGGAGAAGCCCAACAGAAAGUUAAGACUGACGCCGGCACACCUUGUCUUCGUCACCAAUAACGUUACGGAUGGCGAUAUGACUGCAGUGUUUGCCAGUAAUGUAAAACCUGGGCAACAGGUGUUUGUCGUGGACGAGGCACUAGACCACCUAAAGGCAGUCACUGUGGAAAGGAUUUACGUGGAAGAAUACGAGGGAUCUUAUGCACCAGUGACUUCACAAGGAACCAUCAUAGUUGACCAUGUUUUGGCGAGCUGUUACGCGGUAAUCGAGGACCACAAAUGGGCGCACUGGGCAUUUGCACCAGUCCGGUUGGGUCACGCGUUGAUGUCUUUGACAGGUCUAGUCAAAGAGCGCGAGGAAAUCCCUCAGAGAGAUGGAAUAGACUGGUACUCAGACAUUCUAUACCACAUAGGGACAUUGCUGCUGGACAGAAACUCCUUUCAUCCCCUUGGAAUGUCACAAAGUUGAGACCAUUUCAAAGACACAAUGUUCUUAAAUAUGGAAAUACUUUUGGGCACUGGAGCCAUACAUGUAUAUUCUUAUUUAUUCUCUUAUGUAUUCCUCCUAUCAUGAACCAGUUGAAUUUAUUCGUCUAGAAUAGUGUGAAAAAUCUGUGACAAAUGUAUUUCUAAACAUGUUUUUUUUUUUAAAUGAUUGUUUAAUGUGAACUGACUUAUAUUUUCAUGGAUGAACAUGAAGCAUUGCCUCAAUAAAUUAUAUUUGUGUACAUGUAGCUUGUAUGUUAUCCUGAACAAAUACAUUCUCACAUUUCGUUUUCCAAAAUCCCCAAUACAUAGUUCAA